GUGGAUCGACUGAAUUCCAAAAUCAUGCUUGGCUAGCAAACAAUCUACAGUGAUCUUUGACUUUGGCGGACUAAAGCACUCGCGCGCGUCACCUGGGUCCUCCGGCCGCUGGCAUAGCUCCGCGGAGUCGGGACACUCCUAGAUCGCAGUUGAGGACCCUAAUACCAGAGGAGAGCCAUGGGCUUGCUCGAUACAUUCUACUCCACGAAAGGCCCUCUGGGUGUGUGGACGCCGGUUGUUGUGGUGCUGCUGAACGCGCUGGGCGUGGCACUGGGCCUGGGGGUCGUCCAGCUGUUCAAGUUCCUGUUGAAGCCUCAGUACGAUCUGGCCAAGCUGCCGCAGCCGCCCGUAGCCGACUGGGUGCUGGGGCACGUCAAGCACCUGCUGCGCAAGGACUACCACCGCGUCAUUCUGGGCUGGGCCAAGCAGUACGGCAGGAUCUUCAAGCUCAGGAUCUUGAACGAGUGGACGGUGGUCAUCACAGACCCCGCGGCGGCGGCGCAGGUGCUGGCCACCGUGCCCGGCCGCACUCAUAACUACAAACACAUUGACGAGGUCCUGGGCGGCCCUGGCAAAAUCAGUAUGUUUGGCACGCCGGACGAGGUCCACUGGCGUAACGCCCGCAAGGCCACUGCGCCCGCCUUCUCCAUGGCCAAUGUCAGGCGCUACUACGGCGGUGUGCUGUCCGCCGCGGGCGAGCUGUUGUCCCGCCUGGAGGCCGAGCAGGGGGCGCUGGGGGCCGUGGACGCGGAGCCGCUGCUGCAGCGCCUCAUGCUGCGGGCCACACUGGAGGGGCUGUACGAGGUUCCUGACGCCACCGCUCUGCCGGGCUUUGACGAGCUUGCGUCCAACAUCCUGCUGCUCAUGGCGGAGGCCAACGCGCAGGUGACGGACCCCCUGCGGGCCUUCUUCUAUUUCACACCCAUAGCGCCGCUGGUGUCGAAGCAUGUGGCCAGGUGCCGGGCGGCGCUGAAGCAGGUUGUCAUGUUCCACGGCAGGACCGCCGCACGCAUCCUGGCCCGCCCCGAGCCCUCCCCGGACAACACGCUGCUGUGGGCGUGCCUCCACCGCCUGCGCCAUCCCCACACCGGCCGCAAGCUCACGCCGGGGCAGCUGCACCCCGAGGUGGGUAUGUACACUGCUGCCGGCUUCGAUACCACCGCUUCCACCGUCGGCUGGUGCAUGUACGCCGCCUCGCUCUGGCCGGAGCAGCAACAGGCAGUGGCGGCGGAGCUGAGGGCGGCGGGCAUUUUCGGACCGGCGGCGGUGGUGGAGGUGGCGGCGAAUGCGGAGGAGGCCGAGGGCCAGUCGGGCCCCCGGCGCCCCCCGCUGCGGCUGGACGCACAGCACUGCCCCGGUCCCGAGGAGCUGGCCAAACUGCCGCGACUCAAUGCCUUCAUCAACGAGGUGAUGCGCAUGUUCCCGCCAACCGCCGUCUCUGCGGAGAGGCUGACGCCGGAUGAGCCUGUGACGAUCAUGGGUAUGACGUUCCCAGCUAAGACGGUGCUGUGGUGCAUUACGUACGGCAUCCACAUGAGCGAUGCGAAUUGGGAGGACGCCGCCAAGUUCAAGCCGGAGCGAUGGCUGGAGGACCCCCGCUGCGCCUUCGCCAAGAGCCCGGGCGCUGGCGGCGCCGCUGCUGCGCCAGCUACAGCCGGCGGCGCCGAAGGCCCGGCGGCGGCCAUCGGCGGCGCGGCGGAGGAGGAGCCGCCCAACACGGCGCCGCGCCGCUUCGUGCCGUUUGGGCAGGGUCCCAAGAACUGCGUGGGACAGAACUUCGGCAUCACCGUGGUGCGGGCGGUGGUGGCGCUGCUGCUGCGCCGCUACCACGUGGACCUGCACCCAGACAUGGACACAAGCCCCGAGGGCGACAAGCUGGGAGGCGGGGGUGGCGGCGGUGAUGGCAACAGCAGUGGCAGCGGUCAGGCGGGCGGCUGCCGUCACAGCGCGGAGGACACGGCUCGGCUGACGCACGUGGCGGUGAUCACCAAGCUCAAGAAGCUGCGGCUGGUGCUUCAGCGCCGCGACGACUGAGUGAGCGGCGGGUGAGGUUGGGGCGGCAGUGAAGAAAGGGAGGAGGAGGAGCGACAAGAGGAGGAUAAGGAUGAGGUGGUGGUGGAAGGAAGGCGGGUGGUGAGGGUGCCGGGUGUGGUCAGGUAAUGGGCAUUGUAUGUUUGACAGCACAAAGUGGCGAAGGGCCUGUUGCAGGUGCUAUUCGAAUAUGGCAUACGGUACGUUUUGCAAGACAGUGCAUCUGGCAUCUGCGAAUGACUCUACGAUAUUUGCCACUUGCUUCCCGCGCCCUGUCCCAUCGCACUAUACCGUAGUUCGGCCGUUCCGGGCGUCAAGCUAGUUGCGUAUGUGCGAACGGGUGGAAAUGGGAAAUUUGAUCGGAGCCGCGUCGAAGUGGCGGGUCAGCGGGUGGGGCCGCAGGGUGCGAAGGGACUCAUGACACGCCUC